CAGGAGGCCUCGGCCCAAGCCGGGGCUCAGGAGCCUGUACAUGCUCGCGCGGCGUCCUCGGCGCACUGCAGGCCAGGCCGGACCCAGGCCGUCCCGCCCCCGGUGCCCAGCGCUCGCCGGAUUGGUCCGGCCGUGAGGCAGAAGGAGGUGUCGUAGGGCCGCCCGCGAGCGCGUGACGCACGCCGACGUCACUGCACCUGGCCCCGCCCCGUGCCGUUGGCGGGAAUCCUCCCAGGACCUGUUUGAGCGUAGCGCCAGUUGGGCUCUGUCCGGAAGCUACGGUCUAUGACGCCAUGGCCGUCGCCUCGGAGGGACUCACGUUGCCCGCUGUAGUGGAGGAGCUCCUGAGCGAGAUGGCCGCGGCAGUGCAGGAGAACGCGCGAAUUCCUGAUGAGCAUCUAUCAUCGCUGAAGUUCAUCUUUGGCCCAUCAGCCAUUCAGGCCUUGGACCUUGUUGAUCGGCAGUCCAUCACCUUAAUCACAUCACCCAGUGGGAGGCGUGCUUACCAGGUACUUGGAAGUUCCGGUAAAAUGUACACAUGUCUGGCUUCUUGUCAUUAUUGUUCAUGUCCCGCGUUUGCCUUCUCGGUGCUGCGGAAGAGCGACGGCCUGCUGUGCAAGCAUCUCUUGGCAGUUUAUCUUAGCCAGGUGACAGGGACCUGUCGACAGCUGAAGGUCUCUGACAAGCAACUGACUGAUGUAUUAUUUACGGAGAAGAAAGAAAAAGCAUAAGAGGUAUAGAUUGAGCAUCAUUAUCUUUCAAAAUAGAAGUCCCACCAAGAAACACAUGGUUCACAUGGAAGAGAGGCGAAAUAAUCUUCUGGAGACUUCUUGCUACUGUCUUUCUUCCCUCCUGGACAAGAUCUGUGGUUUGCAACCCACGAUGUGUGUAUGAUUCGAAGCUCUGUACCGUUCUCCUGGAAAAUCCGAACCAGCCCGUGAGGCCCCGGGACAAAUUCCUGAGGUGGGAUCAAGCAUUGUAGACUCGAACAAACCCUAGCAUCACACCCUGUCUGCAAUUAGAUAGGUUACUGAAGCACUUAGUAAUUUUAUUUAAGAGGUUGGAAUGGUAUAUGAAACUGAUUAAAAAAAACUUUAGAUGAGUUAAGUGUUACUUCUUUUCUUUGGGUCCAAGAAAUUACUGUGCAGCAAUACAAGAGCAGAACAGAGCUGUGGCUAAGCAGCAGCAACUAUAAAAGGACUCAGGAGUUCUAGUUUCGCUGAGCUUCAGGUCCCUUUGAUGUUGGUGCCAAAAAAGCUUGUGGUUUUAUGAGAAAGGUGUAUCUGAAGCAAGGAAGGGGCUGGUUUUGCUCUGCUUGCGUUUCUGAGCUUUAUAAGAAGCCAAAUGAAGGAAACCACUAGGGAUUUCCAUUCUGAACAAGAAAACGCAAAAGAGUUAACAAGAGGAGAGUUUUGGAAAGGAGGGGGAUGGGACUUGUUUGGACCCCAAGAGGAGGCAAGGACAGAUGGCAGUGAAGACGAGGCCACCUCCGCCCAGGAGAACUUACUAAGGAAAGCCAUUCAUGGCCAGAGCCAGAGCCUGGAAGGCCGAGCACGCUCUCUGCAGUGUCCCUGUGAGGGUUCUGCGGCAGUGAACAGAGGGGAGAGAUCCUACGGUCCAGGAAACACGAGGUGCUGGCGCGGGAGUGCCGUGCGACCAGCUCGCAGACGGCACCGUGUUCUCUGGCGGCCAGAGCUUCGGGUUUCGUCAGGAUUUUCUUACUUGGGAAGCUUGGGCUGGGUAUAAACUUCUCUUUUUAAGCAGUCUUCAGAAUAAAGAAUAGAAGGUA